AUGCUUUGGCUUCUCAUAUCGUUCAUCUUGGGAAUCGUUUCACAUAUAAUUUACAGUAAAAUUAAAACGUCAACACAAGUAUCAACAGAUAUUCCUCAAUAUGAUCAUGCCAUUAUUAUUGGAGGUAGUAUUAGUGGAAUGGUAACUGCUGCUUACUUAACAAAAUAUUUCUCUCGAAUCACAAUUAUUGAAUCAGAUGAUGUAUUAAAUGAUGAAUUAAUGAAUUUUACACCUGAAGAAUUACUAAAUUAUCGUUGUCGUGAUAAAAGUCCAUCAUCACUAGGACGAUCAGGUGUUCCUCAAAUCUAUCAGAUCCAUCUAAUGGCAGCUGGAGGACAACUUAUAUUGCGUGAAUUAUUUCCUCAACUUGAACACAAAUUAAUAAAUAAAUACAAUGUUCGUUCUUAUUCACUAAAAAAUGAAUCAAGACUCGUUAUUAAUGAUGUGUUACUAAAUCAAAAUUUAACCGAAGACUUUAAAUGGUUAGGUAUUGAUCGUUUUACGCUAGAAAUAGAAAUUAGAAAGGAAUUAUGUUUACAGUAUGGACAUCAAAUUCAAUGGAUAUGUAAUGCAAAAGUUACACAACUCAUUGUUGAUCAAUCGUUAAAUACUGUCAAUGGUGUUAAAUAUCGUUCGAAACAAAAUAUUGAUACACCAACAGUAGAUCUGUAUGCCGAUUUCAUUAUUGAUUGUAGUGGUCGAAAUUCCUCAUCAAUGAAAUGGUUAAAAGACGAUUUGAAUUUAAUUAUUCCAACUGAACAAAUACAUUUUGGUUGUGGUUACACUACAUUUAUUGGUGAAAGAAUGAAGACCGGAGAUUCAUUAUUAGAUUCAAAGCAUAUUAUUGGUUGUACAGCUAAUAGUCCUGAAAAAAAUAAUGGUUGGUUUAUAAUUCCAAUACGUACAAUAAAAACAACAAAUGAAAAUUCAUUAGGUACAAUAUCAACAAUUGCAAUAAAUUCCAAUAAUUCAGAAUAUCCACCAAUUGAUUCCUUUGCAAAUCUAUUAGAAUGGGUAAAAGAUAAUCUACAUUCAGACUUUUAUACGAUUUUAAAAUCAACAAAAGUACAUGGCCCAUUGGCUACAUAUAAUGGUCCAAUUGAUUAUCGAAAAUACGUUGAAGUAUUAGAAAAAAAAUGGCCUGAAAAUUUUGUAUUAUUAGGGGAUGCAAUGUGCACAGUUAAUCCUCAAUUCGGUCAAGAAAAUCGUUAUAAAUUAAAUGAUAUUUCUCAUAUUUAUAAUAAUCGUGCUUCAGCAAUUAGUGAAGAAUGUUGGCUUGCUUCGACUGCAAGUGAUUGGAAAACAUCAACAUUAAAAGUGAUCAAAACUGAUGAAAAUGGUGAGACGACAACAUAUCAACGAAAUAGAAUUUUUACGGCAACUGAAGAUCAUCAAUUAAAAGCGCCUUUUCUGUUUAAGAUUAUGCAAUGGUAUACGUUUUGGUUUCUACAAUGCGCAGCAAAAUCUGGAGAAUUUACUACAGAAUUUCAACAUGUUAUGAAUCAAUGUAGUAGUCCAUUUCGAUUAUUCAAACCAUUAACAAUCUUAGCUGUCUUUCAUACUGCUUUAAUGUAUUACCUCGGUUUCUCGAAGAAAAUAUUUUUUUUUGAAUCUGAUUUUUAA